CAGCGGCUGUUUUAUUGACUGUCAAAAUCGAGAUUAUCGAUGUCGCGAAAAUUUGUGAAGGAGUUCCGUGACUAAUAAACGAAAGUAAUAUUAUCCCUCAAAAUUAGUGUAGCAAUUAAAUUUAGUGUCACAGUGAGAUAUUACAACAUCAGGCUCAAAUGAGGAUGACAUCUCCAUCAAAAAUCAUGCUCAUAGCAUGUGGCUCAUUCAGUCCUCCAACCCCAAUGCAUUUCCGGAUGUUUGAAAUUGCCCGAGACCAUUUUGAGCAGAUGGGCUCGGCGCACGUUGUUGGAGGAAUCGUCUCUCCGGUACAUGAUUCCUACGGAAAAAGUGGAUUGGUGGCGGCCUCACAUCGGUGCAAUAUGAUCAAAAUUGGAUUGCAAUCUUCAGAUUGGAUUCGACUUUCCGAGUGGGAAACUCAACAGGAAGAGUGGACAAGGACACGGCUUACGUUGCAGUACCAUCAGAACUGUAUAAACUCCUAUUUAAAAGAAACAAAUAAUGUAAACGAUCAACAUAUCCCGUCGUGGAUUCCGGAAGGAUUGCGAAAGACAGCAAGUCACAUCCAACUGAAACUUCUUUGUGGAGCCGAUUUGCUUGAGUCAUUUGCCACGCCUGGAUUGUGGAAAGAUGAAGACAUUGAAGCCAUCAUCGGACAGCAUGGCAUUGUGGUGAUUUCUCGUGCCGGAUCCAAUGCAGAGCAGUUCAUCUUCAAUUCAGAUCUGUUAAGCCGUUAUAGGAGAAACAUAACAAUUGUAACCAACUGGGUAACAAAUGACGUCAGCUCCACGCUAGUACGCCGGCUGCUUAGCAGAGGAAUGUCGGUCAAAUAUUUGCUAGAUGAUUAUUUGAUAGAAUAUAUCAAAAAGCAUGCUCUUUUUGGUACAAAUAACACUAAGUAUAUUUUGCCUACCAGUACAAGUGGAGAAAUGAUGAGUAUUUCUCCUGUUUCUCCCGUAAUUGAUAAUGACGUGUACGUUGAGUGUCAAAACGAGUUGAAUACUCUGAAUACUCUUGAAUCGAUGGAUGAAACCGAUUUUCCGCGCAAUACAUUGAACCGUGUAUUCUGCUGCGGUACGGAGAGCGACCCAAUAUCUUCAUCAAAGAGCUCAAGAGGUUUUCUUAGUCACCCGGGAAGUGCCGUAAAAAUUAUCUCCCCAUCUACGGUUACUUCUAAUACUUCAGGCGGGACCGACACAAGAAUAAGCUCUAUCACUCAGCACACGGCAGAUGACAAGGUGGGUGAAAAUCGCGAAUCUGCACAAAAAAGCACAUCUGAACUUGACAUAAGCACAAAAGCACACGAAACACAAAGCAAACAAAAUUCACCCAAUAGCACUGCCAAAGGCACACAAGGCGUUUCAAAAAAAUCUAGGGAUUUGCAGCUCUCGGUAACUGAACUGGAAACAUGUCGAGAUUCUACCCAAGACAUCAGCAAGGACACAAAAAGUUCAUCUGCGGGUCGUAUUAGCCCCUCGAAAAGCUACGACGACAUGAUAAAAUUUGUCUUCACGGAGCACGGAAUUAGAGUCAUCAGCGACCGCGAAUACGUCGUUUAGAAACAUCUCUCACGUUCAAUUAUAGCGUACAAAAUCUCUGGUCGUCCCCAAGAAGCUGAAACUCUCGGCGGUACACGUGUAAUGCAAUGGUUGCUUGUAAUUCGAAUUAUACACACUGUCUCAGAAAUAGCUAAUAUAGAAGGUGGAACCAACCCUGAAGGUGGUGUCCAACAUAUUUGAGAUUUUAAAGAAGCAUAAACUGCACCAAAUUUAAGCAAAUCUUUUAAUCAUGUAGGAAAAAAAAUCUCGAUGGAAACUUUUAAUUAUUUGCCCCUAAAUUUUAGAAAUUUUGAUUCUAUGGCUAAGCCAAUCAGUUAUGUUUAUUAUAAUCGUCAAAUCAGGAAGUCUCCAAAAUUUCAUUUAAAUGAUUUUCGUCAUCGUUUAUAUUUUUGUGAAUUGAUAAUCGAAAUCUAUGGCAGUAGCUAAAAGUUGAAUCUUUAAUUUAUAAUUAUAUACAAGUUCCUUUAAACGCGUUCCUUUGUAAUAGCUUUUGUUUUAGUGUCUUGGUGUUUUUAUGUCUUUACAAUUAUUUAUUUGAUAUUUUUAAAUAGAUUUUUAAUUGAAAACACCGCUGGGAUAUGAUGGUUUGUAUAAUGUUGUUAGUACAGAAAUUGUGAUAUUACUCCUGAAAUGAAGACACACGAUACUUGUUUCAACAAUAAGAAACUGUUAUCAUUUCUAUGUAGCAGUGCCAUGUACACAUCUAAUGUUAACAAUUUUCCAAAGAAAAUUAUGUGUACCCAUUGUGAACGAAUUUAUAAUAAAUAGACGAUAUCUGUCAA